AAGUGGGUGACAUGAAUAAUGUUUUGGUUGCGUUUCGAGGAGAGAUUUGAAUUUUGUUGCUGAAAAUCAGUGUAAAAUCGUGAAAUUAAGUGCAAUUUAUGGUCACUUAUUAGAACGGAAGCUUAUUCUACCGUUCUAAGCUCAAGUUUUUAAGAAUCCCAUAAAGAGCUCUCCACCCUCGCCACCAUGAUCCACCUCACGGGCCAGAACCUCUCCACCAAGGAGGUCAUCCAGAACAUUUUCUCCCCCAUCGUCGGCUCCAUAAUCUCCCCCCAGGCGGAGGAACUAUGCCAAAAGAACAACCUAACCUUCGUGGAAAUGCUGCAGCCCUUUCUGCGUCUCUCCUCGGACGCCCACUUCCGAGACACCGCCGGCACCAGCGUCUCCAUCAAGGGCCUCCGCAUCAACGUGUGCGACGUCAACUGGCGCCCACCGCAGACCAUCCUGGCGAAGAAGAUGCUCAACGAGUCCGUCACGUCGGCGGUCGGAGAAAAGGUCAAGGGCGUCAAGCUCGAAGACGGUUCGUUCGUGGACAUCCCGACGUCCGAGCCGUGGUUCGAGCAGUGGCGCGAGACGUUUCUGACGGUGCAGUUUCCGUCGGAUCACGAGUUUACGCGGCAUUUGCUGUGCUCGCUGAUUGUGGUGUCGAGCAUCGACGUUAAUCCGCUCGAGGUGGCCGGCCAGCUGACCAAGAAGAUCCAGAUGAUGCAGAACAUUACGCCGCCACGGCUGCCCAAGUGGUUCUCGGCGGACACGUUGAACUGUUACGUGAUGCUGCACGACGGGUGCUCGGGGGAUAUUGGGAAAGCCCAGCAAGCGUUCGAGGGUCUCAAAUCGACGUACGGCGACCACAAGUGCUUCCUGCUGCAGAUCAACUCGCAUCAGGGCCCCCCGAUGGAGUGUCCCGACCCGUGGCUGCGCUAUCUGAAGAAACACCAGCGGCCGGAGCUGACCGCGGCGGAGAUAGACUCCGCGCCGAAGACGCCCCAGGACAUGGGUCCGGUAAUGACGAUGCCCACGACGGUGCAGAGCGUAUCGAUAACGCCGGGUGGGAGCAGCACCACGUCGGAUAGUCUUUCGGUGUCCGGGAUUGUGACAGGGGAGGUGAUCGCCCAUCCGCUGAGUCCGGUUCAGGAAAUGGGCGUUGAGCUGCAGGAGACUUCCAGCUUGACGUCGAGCAUUGACAGUUUGUCCCAGCAGACGAUCAACCCGAACGUGUGGACGGUUGAGAGUGACGUGGAUAUUGCGCACGGGACGUUUUUGACGGCUGGGGAUUUGGACAACUUGAAGCACUUUGUGCAGGACUUUGCCGUGAGGGCGUUGAUUCCGUACGUGGAGAAGUUGGUUGGGGUAUUGAACGAUUCUAUUUCGAAUAAGAAGGGCGUUAGUCGGUCAUUGCUGAGCGCUACUAAGCGGUGGUUUGUGACGAACAAGCCGGGAACUGGGACCAACCAGAAUGCAGUGGUGUACACGAACGAAUCGACGGAGCUGCAGACGCGGAAGUUGGGCGAUCUGUACUUUAUGUUCGGUCAUUACUCGCUGGCAUUCCAGGCGUAUCAUCAAGCGAAGCGAGACUUCAACGCGGAUUCCGCUUGGCAGUACUACGCUGGAGCGCUGGAAAUGGCUGCGCUGGCAGCGUUCAUGCAAGGGACGCCAAGCCGGAAGACUUACGACUACAUGGAGGAAUCGAUUGUAACAUAUUUGAACAGCUGUAAGAUGCCUCAGUUUGCAACUCGAGCGACCUUGCUUUCGAUCGAGUGCUUGAAGUCUGCCAAACUGUAUCAGGAGGCUGCGAAGCAACUCAUCCGCAUGACCAGUGAAGACUCGGAUCUGCGAUCGGCACUGCUUUUGGAGCAGGCGGCUUACUGCUACCUGCUUGCGACUCCUCCCCAGUAUCGCAAGUACGCCUUCCAUUCCGUACUGGCAGGUCAUCGAUUCUCCAAGUCCGGUCAACGGAAGCAUUCCUUCAGGACGUACAAGCAAGCCUACCAGAUAUUCGAAAACCGCGGCUGGAGCCUAGCUGAAGAUCACAUCCAGUACACGAUCGGUAGACAAGCUAUCAACCUGAAGAAGCUGGACGAAGCCAGCAAUUGCUUGGCCCAUCUACUACGACCUUCCAGCUUACAAAGCGCUACCCAGCAAGCGUUCUUCUUGAAGGACUUCCUCGCCACCCAGAAGGCACUGCUGGGCAAAGGAGAAAUCAACGACAUCCUCACGAUUUCCCUGCCGAAAAUAGUCCAAACCAUGACGCGCGUUCUCGUAACGUCUCAACCUCCGGUAGCGAACCCACUGUUUAUCCCAGCCACCAACAUCACGAUCGCGUCCGCGCAAAUCGAAGAGAACAUCUGGAACAAGAUGGAGGAGAUGCUGGUCCAAACGGCCUCCAAGAAGUCCAUCAUGAUCUUCAAGCCGAGCAAGUCGCUGUUCACGCAGGAAUCACCGGCGACGGACAACCCGCGCAGCGUGCACGGCGAACCGGUCGAGAUUGCGUUCAACCUGGAGAACACGAUCAAGCCACCGAUCACGUUCGAGCACAUCAACGUGUUGUGGGAAUUUAGAAACGAAACGCAGGCUAUCUUCUCCAACAAACCUUUGUUUAUGGUGAACGAAGUGGGCGCUGAAGAGCGCAAAGAGAUCGACAACAUCGUGGCGACCACGUCGGUUCCGAUCGUACACUUUGGCGAGUACGAAACCAAGACGAUCUCGUUGAAGCUGACUCCGCGAUGCAUCGGGCAGCUUCGCAUUCUGGGGAUCGUCGGCAAGAUUUCAUCCAACGCUACCGGAACCACCGAUGCUCCCAAUCUCUGGGGUAAGCAGCUGUUCGAAGCACUGCCAAUUCGUAGCAACGCCAAGGACAACCGCACGGUACAGUUCGAUCGCAAGCUCGAGCUCGAAGUUCUUCCCCCGGCUCCAGCUCUCCACGUCAGCUUCUCGCAGUGUCCCACCGAAGUCCUCGCCGGCGAGGUGAUCCCGAUCAAGAUCAACAUGACCAACGCGGGUGUUUCCGCGCUAAGCGACAUCCUGAUCUGCGUCGAUAACCCACGGUACGUGCUGAUCAACCCGGAAGAGUCCGAAGUUCCGCUUUCGAUUAGACGGGAUUUGCGUAACUUGGUCAACGAAAACCUCGGCAAGGAGAAGGAAGCUCGCAAGCAGUACGUGUUCCGGGCGUUCCGUGAGUCCGAAGGAAACUUCAUCAACCCGAAAGAGACCAAGGUUAGCACCAUCUGGCUGCAGGCUCCGUACGUCAAGGGCCAGAAGAGCAUCAAGCUGCUGAUUUACUACGGAAUGCCGGCGGAUUACCCGAAGAUGAAAUACCGCCUCGUUCGACACACCUGGAACUUCAACGUGAACGAGUCCCUGCUGCUGGACGCCAACUGCAACGUCAGUAAUCCCGUCACCAACGAGCUCGGCAUCGAUGUGAACGUGCGCAAUUUGAACCAGGUGCACCAUCCGCUCAUGACGGAGAUCACCGUGAACGAGAUCGUGCUGUACUGCUCGACGUACUCGCUCAACCCGGCCAAGAUUGUUUACAUCAAAAACCCCGGCUACCAGAAGCACCUCGUCGAAGGCGUCGGCCUCAAGACGAACGAAACGCUCAGCCUACGCUGCAACCUCCAGAAACGGCCCGAGGACGUCCGCUUCGGCGGCGACAUCCGCGAGUACAUCAGCGACAAGCUGUCGACCGUCUCAAUUCGGGCGCCGGAUGCCGAAGCCGUGCGCAGCCUGCCCAACUUCCAUGCGAUGGACAGCUUCCUGCUCAAGACGGAAACCAAGUACAUCCGGGUGUACGAGAGCAGCAACAACGAAGAGUUCAACCAGAUCAUCUCCAGCCUGGACCGGCACAUGACGGUGUGCGUCAACUGGAGCGGCCACAUCAACGACAACGGGUCGUCGCGGGACGCGUACGGGCAGCACUUUGUGCAGCUGCGGAAUCUCUACGAUUCCGCCUUCUGUCCACCGUCGGAACGGCAGCAGCAGCAGGUGACGACCUUCACCCACAACGAGGUAGUCUACAGUAUCUACGACAACCUGGACGAAGUCAUUCCGAAGGCUGAUGAAGCACUGGAGGACGGAUGGGGAGUUAAUAACAACUUUGUUGCGCAGCGUUGCUUCCUGGAGGAGAACAUGCAAACGGUGGAACUUGUAGCGAGUGCAUAAUUCUUGAGUAAAACACAUUAUACCUAUAGACUAAUCAUAAUUUAUAAGCUAAUGCUGAUAACUAUUGUGAUUUUAUUUAUUCCAUAAGCAAAAAUAAAUGUUUUCUUUAGAUGUUAUUCCAAUAAAAUUAAACAUUUCGAUUUUGAAAAUAAUA